AUGGGCAUCAUCUCGAGCACGCCGAGAGCGGAGGAAACGCCGGCGCAUGCGAAUCCUCACGAGCGCGGCAGCGACGAGACCAGCAGCAGCAGCGGCAGCAGCAGCAGAAGCAACGGCAGCAUCGGGCGUCGCAUCUUGUUCCUCGACGCCUACGACUCCUUCACCAACAACAUCGUCUCCCUUCUCAAGGAUGCGCUCGGCGCCAACGUCGCCGUCCAUGUCUUGCACAUGGACCUAAAGACCGUCGACUCCGACGCCACGCCCGACUGGACCAGGCAGCAGUUUCUGCAGCGGCUCUCCGACUUCGACGCCGUGGUCUGCGGGCCCGGGCCCGGCUCGCCGCUCCACGACGCUGAUGUGGGCGUCUUCAAGCUGCUCUGGGACCUGCCCCAGGAGCAGGCCGUGCCGGUGCUCGGCAUCUGUCUCGGGUUUCAGAGCCUGGUGGAGCAUUUCGGAGGCAGCAUUCGACGCCUCCGGAGGGGUCUGCACGGCAUGGUUCGAGAGAUUGACCAUGUCCAGGCGCCGCCUGCCGAUAUCUUCGACCAGGUGCCUCGCUUCAAGGCCACCCUGUACCACAGCCUGUGUGCGGAUAUCGGACAGGACCGCGUUCCGGAGCAGGAUUGGCCCGAGGCGCGGUGGGUGCCGUUCAAACAGGCUCCGGAACUGCAACCCCUGGCGUGGAUCCUGGAGGACUACGACGGCGACAGCAAGCACGACCCGGAGCGCAUCUUGAUGGCCGCUCGACAUGCCACGAGGCCGUUGUGGGGCGUCCAGUAUCACCCCGAGUCUGUCUGCACCGAGGCCGCGGCCGGGGGAGUGGUUCGCAACUGGUUCCGCCGGGCGCUGGAAUGGAACGAAGCGGCAGGACGAAAGGUCCCGGGGAAACCUAGCGUCGAUCACGCCGACAGCCUGAACCCGCUGAGCCGUAGUCUGCCUGGCUUGGAUUCCGGACGAACGCUGUCCGCCUGCCCGUGGUGGAACGAUCUGCAGUCUGGUCUGGCUCAGCGAGGCGUCAAGCCGGGAUAUACUUGCCGGCGAAUCAAGCUACCUGCGGGCGUGGACACGGCGGACAUCGCCGAGGUGCUUGGCCUCGGCGACAAGGAUACCAUCAUUCUGGACUCGUCGAGCACUGUCAACGGCGAUCCCCUGGCGAGGAGCUCCAUUGUUGCUCUGGCUGUCGAUGAAGCCCUGCGCAUGGAAUAUCACGUGGGUGACAGCUACAUGGUUCUGCGGCAGCCCGCCUCUCGUGGACGACAAGAAGCAUCACAACGGAUUCACCUGGGAGAGGAUGUCGAUCCAUGGAGCCCCUGGCACGUCAUGUCGGAGUAUUGGCGCUGGAGAAGGGUGACCGGCGAUGACGACGCGCCGGCUUUCAAGGGCGGCUUCGUGGGAUUUGUUACAUACGAGAUGGGCCUGAGCACGUUGAGUCCCGGGUCUGUUCCCGGGGCGCGCGGCCAUAGCCGACCCGACCUUUGCAUGGCCUGGGUCACAAAAAGCGUCGUGCUCGAUCAUCAAGCCGGGGUUGCUUAUGUGCAAGCCCUCACUUGCAAAGACGGUGACGACUUGUGGAUCGACCAUGUCGUCCAAGCCAUCGAGGCGUCGCACCCGUGGCGGCACCCCGGCUGUGGGCGAAGCCCGCACGCCAAGUCUGGCCGCUCCAACGAAGCUCUGCUCGACGACGUACGCAAGGGGAGGGGUCGCCUGCGUGUCUCUGUGCCAGACUCGAACGGGUACGAGUCGGAUGUGAGCAAGUGCCAGGACUACAUCAAAGACGGCGAGUCCUACGAGCUCUGUCUCACUGCGCAGACGACCAUGACCCGGCCGCGCGGCAACGACCAGCCGCACCACACCCGCACGCUGUCCGCGCCCGGGGAGCAGCCGCCCCAGAACCUGCCACCAGUCGACGAGGCGUGCCGGCAUGGCACGCCGUGGCAAAUAUACCGGACGCUGAGAGCGAGACAGCCGGCGCCGUUCGGCUCCUUCGCCCGUCUCGGCGGAGUGACUGUCAUCAGCAGCUCCCCCGAGCGAUUCUUGACGCACGACCCCAAGGGCCUGUGUUGCAUGCGGCCGAUGAAAGGGACGGUCCGCAAGUCGCCUGCGGUAUCGACGCUGGCGCAAGCCGAAGAGAUUCUCCACGUGCCCAAGGAGGAGGCCGAGAACCUCAUGAUUGUCGACCUCGUCCGGCACGACCUGCACGGCGUGUGCGGCGCCCAGAGCGUGACCGUGCCCGAUCAGCUCCGCGUAGAGGAGUACGCCAGCGUGUUCCAAAUGGUGACGGCCGUCAACGGCCAGCUCCCGGCGGAGAAGCUCGAGGCGGGGACGGACCCGGCCCGCGGCGAGUUCCCCUUUACCGGGAUGGACGUGCUGGCGAGCUGCCUGCCGCCGGGCAGCAUGACGGGCGCCCCCAAGAAGCGCAGCUGCGACAUCCUGCGGACCAUCGAGCCCGCCGAGCGCAGCGUCUACUCGGGCGUCAUUGGGUACCUGGACGUGCAGGGAAAGGGCGACUGGAGCGUCACGAUCCGCACCAUGUUCCGCUGGGACGACGAGCAGGCCCCGGCCGAGGCUGGCGAAGCCGAGCCGCGCGAGGUCUGGCGCAUCGGUGCCGGCGGCGCAGUCACGACGCUCAGCACGCCAGAGGGGGAGCGCGACGAAAUGUUUACCAAGCUGUGCGGGCCGCUGGGCACCUUUUCAGACGUAGCAUAA